AUGACCAAUGGGUGGAUUGCCUCUACAAGAGGAGGGUCUUGGGCAAAGGUUGUCAUUUUUAUCUCUCUCUAUGUCUUGCUUCUGGAAUCCGUCAUUGAGUGGGCUCUUGUACUCUAUCUCUAUGGGAAUGGACGUGUCGACCGAAAAAUGACGCCGAGCUUGAUCCUUGCUCUAGUAGCUUCUUUUCUCACAGUGCCACUUGUCGUUCUUCAUAGCCUUCUCGCAUGGCAGUAUAACAAAGUCCCAGGCUUUGGAGGCCAGAAGACAAUGCUGCGUGCCGCUUGCACGUAUCUCCUGCGAGUGACAGGUAUUAUAUGGCUAGCGGCUAGUGUGGCAGGCCUAGUAGUAGUCUCACAACAGGUUUUCUGCCUCCCUGAAACUGCCAAGGGUAGCUUUUGGAAUACUGGCGUCAGCUGCGCUCUUCAUCGGACUGCGGUCAUAGUCUCAAUAAUAUCGUUCAUUACUGCUUGUCUAUACUUCUGUUCAAGGGAGCUCUGCGAGCGUCCAUAUGAUGUGUCAAUCAUGGGGGUAUACAAAAAGCAGCAAUCAGUCUGUGAUGAAAGUAUCUUCUCAAACUCAAGCCUUGAAAGCGACGCUUUAAAAGAUGGCAUUCUCUAUCUUUGUCCUGGGCCCAACUCUACCUACGGCGCUCGCGACCCAUAUUGGCUGUCGUCCACCGAUAACGCAUUCGAGAAACCCACCGUACCCAAUCUCCAAUACCCUCUAAUGAUUCAUCAAAAGCAGCCAUUGAAACCGGACGUUAGCCCUGAAUCGGAGAAUGGCAAAACAUUAUCAGGUUCGACAUUAACACACAACGGUACCCUUAUUAACACCAAUAUACAUUCAAUUUCACGUACACCUACUUUUGGAACCUCAGGAGCUAUAAGCGAACGACGCAUGCAAACUCCCAUUGCAGAAUUACCCAGUGGUCCAGAAGACCCAUCGAUUUCCAAUCAUAAAAGACAAAAGUCUUCCUUGUCGUCGCUUCGCAAAUAUCUUCCAAAAGCGUUCGCCCUAUCAUUGCCUUUAUCAGCAGAUCCUCAAAUUCGUGCUCUCGCCCAUUCUAAUACACCUCGAGAUGUUGAAAAGCAGGCAGGAAACGUGAUACUGAAUAAGAACUGCGAUUCAGAGCAGCACCUCGCUUAUGCUGAGGAGAAAGAGGAGGUGGCUUCUGCACCUGUCGAUUCUGAAACCCGAAGGCCACCAAAUAGUCAAGCUCCUCCUACAAGCACCCAGACUCGACCAACGUCCUCGAACUCAUCUGAUGCACCUGAGGUCGUGCUACCUGUACCUUUCAAGGUACAGAGAUCUAACACAACUCAUACUGCACCGAUUCCUCGCACCAUCCAUCGCCACCGACCGAGUUAUACAAUCGUCCCACCAAAUCCAUUGGCGUGGCACCCUGUUAAUAGAGUUGCCAGCCACAGAGCCUCCGUGGUGGAGCCUGAUAAUCAGAUGCGUCAUAACCGGCGACCUAAGGAACGACGGCAAAGUCGGCAUUAUCAGUUCGAGCAAUCGCACGUACCCCGCCAUACCAGAAGUUAUCAUCAACCGCAUAGCCGGUACAACUACCGUGGCCGGUACGAACCACGUCGCAUGUCCUCGCAGUCUCGAAGGAGCGAUAUCGAAAUUCAUUAUCCCAGCACGCGAAGGCCACGCAGCACUACAUGCGGUGGUCUCGGGCUUGCAGGCGCUCUGGACAGCAUCCGAGAAUCAGGCGCAUCGGUGGAUGAAACUCGGGACAUUAUUCCUAAUGGCAACACAUAUCGUGGUGCCCAUCGUACAAGUAUGGCUGCAUUGUGA